AUGCAACAACGACAAUUAAUUAUUUUUGUUUUAUUCAUUACGAUUACUUAUGCAACACAAAUCAACUAUUUUGAUGCUCAAGCAGAUGUACAAUUUCUUCCGGAUCCAAUUACUAUUUUUGCUAAUUUAAUUCAAUUAUGGACUGAUGUAACAGAUUGUCCAUCAUCAGCUUGUACAUGUCAAGUAAAAGCUAAUGUUACUAGUGAUAAUGAUAUUUAUCCUGUGAAAUUUUCAUCUGAAAAGCCAAAUAUAGGCUCUGUUGAUAUUGAUGAUCUUCAACCAAAUACUUUAUAUUCAUUUACUAUAAGUUGUAUUGGAACUACUCAAACAAUAACACGCUACAUUCGAACAGGUUAUGGUCAUCCUUCAAAACCACACAAUAUUACAAUUAUACUAAAUUCUAAACGUCUAAAAUUAUCUUGGUCACCUCCUUUAUUACCAGCUGGACCAAUUAAUAAUUAUAGAUUAACUAUUGAUCAACAACCGAUCAUAGAUAACAUACCGAAAAAUCAAUUCUCCUAUGAUAUGACAGAAGAUUAUAUUUAUGGACAAACGCAUAUAUUUUUUCUUCAAGCUUGUAAUAUAAAUCGUCAAAAUCAUUCAAUAUGUUCGAAUCCAAAUGAUGGUAAUGUUAUUUUUCCUAUGCCAAUAACAACAACAUUAUCACAAGGAGCAACUACACCAAAGAGCUCUUCGUGCAUUCUAUCUUGUUCAAAGUUUCUUCUAAUUUUCAUUUUUUUUUGUUUCUUUCUAUUCAAUUAA